AUGCCUUCGAGUGAGAGCGAGAGGUUGUUAGAACGAACAAUUGCUGCUAUGGAGCAGCAAAAACAUGCGGUCAAAGUAUACUUUGAUAAUGGAUCUAAUAUGGAUGGACUCCAUUGUUGUGCUAACGCUCUCCUUGGCCUUAGAACAUCUGGUCUCUCUCCUAAAGCUUACUACGAAAUACAUAUAAAAGCCAUGGAGGUUCUUAAUAUGGUUGAUGUCUACCUCACUGAUGAGUUUCGGCAAGGGAAGUCUAUUCCUCAUCUUUAUGAAAUGGUGCAAUAUGUUUCAAGUGUUCUUCCUCGGCUAUAUCUUUUGAUCACUGUCGGGGUUGUAUAUAUGCGAGUCGGUGAGCUUCCUGUCAGGGAAAUUUUGCGGGACUUGGUGGAAAUGUGUCGUGGCGUACAGCAUCCACUGCGUGGUCUCUUUCUUCGAAAUUUUCUUUUAACUUCGAUUCCAGCCAAUUUGCUUCCUGAUACUUUACCGCCUGAAAUACUUAGUUUUCAAUUGUCUGUGGUUAAUAGUCGUUCAGGUUUCACUUUUUACUUCGAACCCUUAUGUUACGCCGAUGAGUAUCAAAUCUCACUGACCUUUGAUUUCCUUGGUGAUCUCUAUACCACAGUCGAUGUUGUCCAAGGCAAGGAAAUUUCCGCUACUAGCGCCAAAACCGGCCAAUGCGAUUCAUCAGCGGACGUGCUAGACAGUGUCAACUUCAUCCUCCUCAACUUUGCAGAAAUGAAUAAGUUGUGGGUCCGCAUGCAACAUCAGGGCCACACAAGGGAGCGCGAACGUCGUGAACAGGAGCGUCGAGAUCUCCGUGUCCUGGUUGGGGCUAAUCUUCAUCGUCUAUCACAACUGUCAUCCAUUACACCUCAUCUCUAUCGACAGCACAUUCUUCCGAGGAUUUUAACUCAGCUUAUUGAGUGUCGAGACGUGAUUGCUCAAGAAUAUCUUAUGGAUGCCAUUGUUCAAACAUUCCCCGAUGAGUUUCACGCAGUCACUCUCCCUCAGUUUCUUCAGGCGUGUGAACAUCUCCAACCGGCCGUUAAACUCAAACCGAUCAUCUCUAGUCUUGUGGAAAGACUCCUGCGCUACGUCUCUGAAGAGGAGAACGGCAAUGGUGAAGCUCUUUUCCAAUCACUAUCCGUUGAACUCGGUCAACUAGUUCAUCGUCGUGGUGAACUUUACUCAACAACAUCUCCAGUCACUGCUUCGGAUGCUCGAAUCGGUCUUCCUCCAGAAGAUGUCCCCGGCCUCUUUGCUCCCCUCCUCUCCAUGGCUAUUGCUCUCCCGGAGUCCAUUCGUACUAAUCAAGUGAAUGCUGUUCUACUUUCGGCUGCUACUGCUUUGGAAACGCUUUCCUCUUCUUCUACUGUCAGGAUUCAAGGCGGUUCAAUACUCUCUCGUGAGCUACUGGGUCUUCUCUACUUGCCACUUUACGGUCCCGGUUUUCCACUAAGACUCGUUUCCUCCACUGAAUGUGCAACACUCUCUAUUUUCUCCUCUGGAGUACCAAAUCCAAUCUCCGUCGGAGAUCAGGAGAAGAAUGCCGGCCCCCUUGGGUGUCUGUCAACCCUCUUGAGUCUUUCCGGUUUGCGAAAACUCUGUGGCCUGCUUGAUAUCUCUGCUCGGCGUCGUUUCGCAUCUCUCUUCAUCUCUCGAGCUGUGGAGCGGUCUUCCACUGACCCCGCAAGUCAGCAAAUCACUACUGAGGAAGAUUUGGAUGCUCUCUGUGAAGUGAUUGGUGUACUUAUUGAUAGGCAGGAGAUUGAAUCGUCGAUGGUGAAUGCUAAUUCGGAUGAUACUGUUGAGGAGUUGUCUCUCCUGGCAGCUUCGAUUCAUCUGAUUGGAAAGUCCAGUGAUGAGGCUAUGGAGGAGAAGCUCGCCCUGUUGACUAAGAUGAGAAAACGACUGGCAACUGGUGGCGCAAUGGUUAUCAAGGCCACCUUCCCCACUCUUGUUUUUGAGGUUUCGUGGAGGUGUUCAGUUUUAGGAUGUGUACCUCAAGGUUACCACAUAAGCGUAAAGCAAACUGCGGUCUAUUUGGAUUACCAUUUGAUUAGUGGCUUAGAGAAGUCCUUCAAACCAGAGCUUACCUAUCGUCACUACGAGAAUUCGAAGUAUCCUUGA